AUGGCGCUGGACAUGCAAAGGAUCCCAACGAUCCAGAAGGUCGAGGACUGCUUGCUGUGGAUCCUGGACGAGGAAAGCACGAACGAGAUGCUGCGGUCAUUGACGGCCUACAAAAAAGGGCACGUCAACGAUGAGGUGACCCAGCAUCGGCACCUCUACAGAGGCCAGAUGUUGGAGGGGGACGGCCCAGAUGGCAUCAAGUACGUUGGCUGGAAGGAGGCGGCUGUAGGGAAAUGGACGGGCCAGACGGUCUUGGACUUGGUCUUGCCAACUUUCAGGCAGGACUUGGUCGGCAAUGCCCGCCGGGCUACGGACGUCUUGGAGGGCUACAUGUACUGGACGUGGUACCAUGGCACCUACGAGGAAAGAGGCUAUGCCAAGAAGCUUCGCUAUCUGCUAAUCGCGAUGGAGCACAUGGCCAUGGAGACGAACUGCUGGCAGCAGGACUUUCAGGACUUGACGGACAUUCGUCGUUUUCAUGAGGCGGAGAUUGCGAGGCGUCACAGCUUCUCCUGCUUCAUCAUCGGCCCAGUGGACAUGGUUCUGCUGGCGGUGGUCCUGGCGGCUGCCCUCGAGCUCCUCCAGAAGCUGAAAGCUUUGGUGAUGCUCGACUCCAGGGCACUGACUGUUGCAUGGCGGGCCAAUCUGUUGCGAACCACAACGGUUGACGACGAGGAUGCACAGUACUUCCCGCGAAUACGCGCUGUGCAAGCUGAUGGCCAGCCGCGGCCAGGUGACCGGCUCCUCCACCAAUACCGACAGCAGAUGGCGCGCACCAAUGGCACCAUCCUCCUCAGCACCUUGGGCACUUUCACUGGGCCUGGGUUGUUUGUUCGAUGGGGCUUGCAGCCCCUUAGCCCCUUGCUUGACCUACCUGGCCGGGCCCGCUACCGAGAGCUGCGCCGCCUGGCGCUCCGUCAGGGUCUGGAGGCGGAGCAGGCUUUGCUGGUUGGUGGGCCGCAGCUGCCCGGGCGCAUGCACAGCGACGAAGUCUACUUCUCGCUCAGCCCAGCCAGGUGUCAAGAGUUGCAGGGCUGGCGGGAACGCCACGCCCAGCGCUUGGCUGCAGGAGCCAAGAUACGUGCUCAGGUCGCGCACCUCUAUGACAAGCGCUGGUCUCGGCGAGGAGAAGGGACGCUGCAGCUGAAGCUCCUGGUGCAGCCCGGCCAUGCGCAGUUCGUGCAAGAAGCCAGUGCCUUGGUGGAUGAGGGCUUCCUGGUGUCUAUGGAUUAUGGUGCCGAUGCCGAUGCCCUGCUUUGGCAAGCCCUGGUGCAUCCGAAUCACGAGGGGAUCCACAUCAUGGAUGCCCGCCAGGCAACAUCGCAGUGCGCGGCUUCCUACUUGGAAUGCCCGGGCCUCCAAGACAUCACCAUGACGGUAGACUUCACAGAAGCUGCUGAAGCAGGACGGCAGCUGGCGCAGUGGACCACCCGAGCCUAUGGUCCCAUCUUCCACCUGGAGCUGGCCCACGACUCCUGGUUGCAGCGGCCGAUCGCAAAUCUGCUCGAGCGCGCGGGUGGUCCCAGGACGGUAGGCCUCCACGCGUGGUAUCGCCAUUCAGGCGUCGAUGCCUGGGCAUCCUUCAAGAUCCUGGUCCAGCAGCGUGGCCAGCGCGGCCGGCACUGGGCCCUGGGCGCUGCAGAGCUGAGCUGGCCCUUGCAGGAGGAGCCCGCGCUGGCCAGAAGCCCCAUGCCUUGCUGGAACAACGAUAUGACCAAGCCAACGCUUGCAUCCUUGAUCGCGCUGGAUGCCCGCGGGCUCGGGUCCCGGGUCGGUGCUGCCCCGCCCGUGGAGGAAGCCUUCCGGCUUCGUCUUUCAAAUGCCCACAAGCUGCAAGAGGCGCUUGACCAGCAGCAUGCUUGGCAGCGCCAAGCCUACCGGGACUUGCACCUCGCCCAGCUUCUCGCAGACUACUACCUCCACUUCGCACGGGAACGUGCCACAUUGGGAGCACGAGCCUGCACGAAUCCCGACCCUGCCUCGCGAGCGGCGUGGUUGGACGAAGUGCACAUGUUGGCAACGUCCAGGCGCUUGCCUGAGAUGCACGGUCCAGAGAUGUUCGAUCGGGUCUUUGCGGCUUUGGCCGAGGGCUCCCAUGGGAACCUUUCAGACACAGCGGUGGAGCCCUUUCUCUGCACGGUCACGUCCAUGGUCGCGAGCUUCUGCCUUCUGGCGGCCAAGUCUGUGGUGAGCCAGGGUGGCUGA